UGUUUUUGGUUGGUUUUAUUGAGACUUAGAAAAAAGCCCAUGAAAGCUUGAGGUUAAAAGAUACUGCCUGUAAAAUAAUGGAAGAAAAUCCCAAAUCUUCAACUAAUAAUAAUCCUCACUUUUACAAGAUGAUUAUGGAACACACUCUCAAACAGAAUAAGCUCUGGAUUCCUGAUCGUUUUGUGAGGAAGUGUGGAGAAACAUUAAAAGAAUCUGUGUUUGUUAAAGUGUCAUGUGGUUCUAAAUGGAAAAUGAAAUUAAAGUAUUAUGACCAAAAGUUUUGGUUAGAAGAGGGUUGGGCAGAUUUUGCCAAUUAUUAUAACAUAAAAAGAGGUUACAUGCUAAUGUUUAGAUACGAUGGGAAUUCAGAAUUCUAUGUUGUUAUAUUGGAUAUAACUACUGUAGAGAUAGAUUAUCCCUCUGCUCCUUCUCCUGCUCCUCUCCAUUUUGAUGCUAAGAGACUCCUAACACCCAAGAAAGAAGUCAUGGAUGGCGAUUUUGAUGACUCUAAGAAACUCCUAACACCCAAGAAAGAAGUUAUGGAUGGCGAUUUUGUCGAAAAUUUCGAUGAGUUUUCGCCCUGUAACGAGACAAAGAUGGUACUUGCAUUGCCAAUGCCAUGUUCUCAGCCUAUUCCCAUGAUAAUGCAAACCAGUCAUAAUGAUCAGUUUCAAUUAGCCAUCGUUCCUCAACCUGAUGAGUAUAUAGGUCAGAAUCCAAUAAGGAGCCAAAAGAUCCCACAAAAUUCUCAAUCAAGAAUGAGAGAGCAAAUUGAGAAUAGUCCUAGAAGAGGAAAGACAUCAAGGAUUCCAGAACAUGUUAAGCAAUUAAAAGGAGAUGAAAAAUUGGCAGCUCUUCAAAUGGCUAGUGGGUUUAGAUCAACUCGUCCAUUUUUCAAAGUUCUCAUGCAGCCAUCUUUGGUCUAUGAUAAUCGAUUGUCAUUUCCAUCCACUUUUGCAAAGAAAUAUAUCCCAAGUACCUCUUGUGAUGUGAGCCUCAAAGUUUUGGAGGGGAGAAGUUGGUGUGUGAAGUACAAAUUUGAAAACUACGGUGGAAGAGCAGCAGCCAGAUUAAGGACUGGUUGGAAUAAAUUUGCAAAGGACAAUAAUUUGGAAGUUGGUGAUGUUUGUGUGUUUGUUCUUCUUGAGGUUAUAAAUGUUGUAUUUGAAGUGGUAAUUUUUCGGCUCAAUGGUGACUCAAAAAUCCCCAUUUCUUACAUGUGAACAGCAUUAGCAUGCUUAUGUUUAAGACUUAUUUAGAUUUCUAUAGUUUAAGAGCACUCUUAUUAUUAGAUGUUUCAUAAUAGAGAAUUCUUCAAAUAUUUGAAGAAAGAACAAGUUAACAUCCUUCAUUAGAUGAUUAGAUGAUGUAAAUAGGUUCUUCAUUUUGAAAAAUCUCUAAAAUUUAUUUUUCCGUCUCUCCAUCUAGAAUGGA